GCCCCCGCGGCCGGGGCCGGGGCCUGAGGACGGCGCAGACGCCGGCGGAGCCGAGGAGACCGCCCGCCCGAGGGCAGUCGGCGCCACGGAGGACCGGACGCUGCCGGGCGUGAACUGCCGGCCCCACAGCAUCACACUUCUGCCUCCUUCACCCCAUCGUCCUGAUGGAGGCCACCAGCCCUAAGAAUGCCUUGGGAGUCCUGAACGGCCUGGAAAGACAGCUGGGAGAUGCUGCAGGCUCAGAGAGGGACUCCGAGGAGAGCGAGGCGAGGCGGCCGGUGGCGCAGUGGACUGUGGCGGAGGUGUGCUCCUGGCUGAGCGGCAGGCCCUUGGGGGCUCAAGGCAGGCCCUUGCUGGAGGUAGCAAGGGGCCACGCCAUCUCUGGCAAGGCCCUGCUGCGGUUGACAGAAGAGACGCUGGAGCGCAUGGGCGUGGGGCCCGGAGGCUUGCGCCGGGAGCUGCUGCACGAGGUCCUCCACCUCCGCAUCCAGCAGGAAAUGGAAGACUUGCUGGACAUUGCAGAGGAGUGAAACCCAGACGCCUGCAGCUGAAUGAACGGCUCUGCUUAGGAAGCACCGGGGCAGGAGCCGCCAGCCUGGACGAAGGCCCGGCCAGCCCUGGCCGUUGCUCUCAGCUGGGCUUCCAACCGGGCUGUGACUUCGAGGGCUGGAGGAAGGCAGCAGCACCGCGCAGCUGGGACUCGUUCAUCUCUGCAUCCCAAGACUGCCUACGCCAGGAGCCAAACCAGCAUUCCAGGGAGUUGCGGAUUGACCGGGAGGCGGAGGCUGAGUGUCACCCUGCCGCGAAAAAAGGUGUCUGCUGCUUUUGGAAGUGAGCCGGUGGCGCUUAGGGCGCGGGGCCCACUCCGUACUGUGGCCUCUUGGAGACCGUUUAAGAUCCCUGAUUCAUCGUAGAACACACCUGUCAACUUCUCGAGAUCUGGGUGGCAUUUCCUUAGAUGACCAGAGAGCUGAAGCAGCCAGGAGCGUUUCUGAAACCAGGCCAUUGCGUUGCAGGCUGGGUGUCUGGCCGGAAGGGAGGGGGCGGGUGGGUGGGUGGGUGGAAGAAUAGACAGAGACCCCCCCACUUGGGUCCUAGGCCCUUCCCUUCCCCAUAGCAGCCUCUGGAAGGUUUGGCCUUCCUAAUCAAUAGGCACCAAUUGGUUUCGGAUCUCUAAGCCUCUAAUGGCCAAGGAACAUUCUCAAAUUCAACCAGAUCCACGGGUUUUUUUUUAAAAAAUAAUGCUGCUUAAAACUUCUGUUCCUGAUGCUUUUAUUGUAUGUUUGUUUCAGUGUGUAUACAGACUUUAUUCAUAAACCCCUCUGAAAACUGAUGUUGAAGGAAAAAAUAGAAAUCACUAAAUGAGACAUUUUAAACAGGAAGUAGAGAAUUCAGCGCUGGCCGUGGGCUGCAUGAGACCAGAGGGGGAGAGAUUUUGCCCGCUGGGGUCCCCCACAGGGCCACGUCCCCUUUACCCUUGACUACCAAGCGGGGUUUUUUUUGGGGGGGGGGGUUCCUGGCUUUUAUGCAUUCCCUCCCCCCCACCCCACUGAAUUCUGAAAGUUUGAAAUGCUGCUCCCUAAGGCCGAGUUACUGUCAGGAAGCGCUUGAAGCUAAAAUAGGUGGAUCGCGCCCCCUCGGGCCCCACACAUCACUGGCAUGUGCCCCCCACCCCCGGAGCUUCUCUGGAAUGGAUUUCAUCCCCAAGCUCCAAGACGUUCAACGCCCGCACUCUGCACUAGACCACAGGCGAUGCUGGAUUAGCGAGGCCUUGGGUGCAAUCCAGCUCCAGGGCUUGUCUUAGGUUCUUAGGACCCCCUCCAGAAAGAGACUGCAGCUCCUGCAAAUAGUCCCCACCCCAGCAUCCAUGCCACCCCCACCCAGCCCAAACCGUGGCGGAGAGCCCCUCGAACCUCGCCUGCCAGCCUCCUGCGUCUCAUCCAGCCACCUCUUUGCAUCCCCAGUGACCGUUUUGUGAGCUGUUAGCUGUGCUUCGGCAGGUUCCAGCCCUGCAAACAGUUUCACAUGCCCAGAAUUUGACAAGCACCCACAGAGAAGAGGAGAGAGAGGUUAAAAAGCUUGGAAAUUUUUUAUUGAAGUUUUAUUUCAUAAUAGGUUUUUUUUUGAAGUUUUUAAAUACAAUAAAUAUUUACCAGUAAUAAUAGCA